CGGAUACAUAUAUAACGGUUCUGGUGUGGGUCUGAUUUUAGUAUCUUCUGCUGAGACACGUCAGAUGUGCUCAAGGACAGAGUUGAUAUAAAUAUAUUGAAGAGAGAAAAAUGGGAUCAUCAGAGUCAACACCACCAAAUCCAGAAUUGGAUAAACCAUGGAGGAAAUUUGACUGGGGACAGAAAGAAAACCUAAAAAAAAAGCUUGAAAACUUCUGUCCAAGUCAUCCAGAAGUAAAGGACAUCAAGAUCCUGGUAGCUGGAGAAAUUGGAGCAGGAAAGUCCAGCUUUAUUAACUCACUCGAUAGCACCUUUCUGGGACGGAUCUCCUCUAGAGCACUAGUUAAUUCAGCUGAUGGUGACAGUCAUAGUUUCACUCAAAAUCUCAAAGGAUUCACCAUCAGAAGUGGGGGAAAAAAAUUGCCCUUCGUCUUCAAAGACAUCAUGGGCUUGGAACCUAAAGCAUUGGCUGGGUCUCAAAUAGAAGACAUCAUCAAUGCUGUGUAUGGUCACGUGAAGGACGGCUAUAAAUUCAACGAAGAGAAGCCACUCAAUUUUAAGGAUCAACAAUUCAACCAAAACCCCAACCUCUCCGACCAGUGUUUCUGCCUGGUUUAUGUUAUACCUGCAGAUAUAUUCCAAUACACAGAUGAUCGUCUUAUUGACAAGCUGAAGGUCAUCCGCAAGAGAAUCAGUGAAAAGGGGAUUCCUCAAGUGGUUGUCAUGACUAAAGUGGAUGAAGCAUGUCCACUGGUCAAUAAAGAUCUGAAGAAGAUUUACUCUAGCAACAAAAUCAAGGAGAAGAUGGAGUUGUGCAGUGCUAAAGUAGGUGUGCCAAUGACAAACAUAUUCCCUGUGAAGAACUACCACAAUGAGAUCGACACAGAUGAUGACAUUGACGUUCUGUUACUAAAGGCUCUUGAACAGAUUGUUCAGCUUGCUGAUGAUAGAUUGGAGGAUAUUGAUAGCUACUGA